AUGCUAUCGAAGGUUAAUGGAGUCGUGUGGAUGGAGGAGGAGGGAGGGGUUGGAGGUGCGGAGGAAGAUGAAGACGCCGUCUCGUGGACGAGGGGCCAGAGUGCAGUCGGCGGGGAAGGAGGCGGCGGCAUCGUGAUGGGGGACGGGAAGGACGAACUCGGGCUUGCUUCCUUCAAGUCGAUGCUCGAGGACGACUGGUACCUCGCCGCCAGUGCCGGCACUUCCGGCCAUGGGGACGGCGGCGGGCACCCCUCCGCUCACCAGGGCGGCGGGUUCGAGUCCCUCCAUGGCCACCACAUUCGCCACCACCAGCAGGAGAUCAACCCGUCCGCCGCGGAGACCAUGCUGCUUCAGCCGGUGGACUCGUCUUCCUCCUGCUCCCCUUCCUCCGUCUUCAACCUUGACCCCUCGCAGCCCUUCUUCCCCCAGAAGAGCGCCCUCUCUUCCCUCCUCAACGUCGUCUGCUCCAAUCCCUUUGACGCCGUCUCCUUCGACCUCAGCUGUGACGCCUCUGGAUUUCUCGCAAAUUCCCCCAUGCUGAUGAACAGGGGAGGCGGCGCCGCCGGCGUUGGGGGUGGCGGUUCUGGCAUGUUAGGCUUUGGUGGGUUGGGGCCAUGCGGGCCGAUGGUGACCUCCGAUCUGAUGCCGGUCCCGGACAACGGCGGCGGCGCCAGCUACAACGCCACCGUGGGCUUGGAAGUUUUCGAGAGCUCCCCGUUUCUCAACAGGCCCAAGGUCAUCCGGCCGCUGGAGAUCUUCCCUCCGGUGGGGGCGCAGCCGACCCUGUUCCAGAAGCGCGCCGCCGCCCUCCGCCAGAACUCCGGCAGGAACUUGGGGUGCUUGGAUAGCGCGGGGGCGGCGGUGAGCCACGGGAGCGCCAGCGCCAUGGAGGAGCACGAGAAGAGGAAGAGGGUGGAGGAGGAAGACGACAUGGACGAGGCCAGCAUUGACGGCUCGGGCUUGAACUACGACUCCGACGAUUUGACCGGGGACAACCUGAAGAUGGACGGCGGCGCGAAGACCGGCGGCGGAGGCAGCGGUUCCAACGCCAACAGCGCAGUGACAGGCGGCGGCGGCGGCGACCACAAGGGAAAGAAGAAGGGUCUGCCCGCCAAGAAUCUAAUGGCGGAGAGGAGGAGGCGCAAGAAACUCAACGACCGUCUCUACAUGCUCAGAUCCGUCGUCCCCAAGAUCACUAAGGUGAGGAGCCAUCCAAACCGCCGCCGUUCCCCAAUAUUUUAGGUCGUUUUAUAUCGUCCAUUAUCCAGCUUUCAAACAUCUGCCCAUUGCCGUCGAAUUGUGCCGGCUUCCUGCAACUCUAAUCAGCCCAUCCUCGAAAAUUACUGUAGAAAAUUCUCUCUUCUGCGUGUGGGUUCGACCACGGCCUCUUCACAGGAUGGGAAAGCAGACGAUCUAUGUGAUAGCCCGUGUUCUUUGCUCGAAUUCCCCUCGCAAAUUUGCUCAGUCGCCGGUUUUUAUGCGAUUGGAACGCUUGAAUUUCAUGUCAGACCUUCGAAUUGUGCAUCGAUAGCCUGGUUCUUGAUUUUAAGUGAGGACCAUAGUCCUUUGAUCUUCUUGCAUCAAAUACUGUUAAAAUAUUCUUCGGUCCCCUUGACAGAUGGACCGAGCAUCCAUCCUCGGAGAUGCGAUCGAGUACCUGAAGGAGCUUCUGCAGAGGAUCAACGACCUCCACAGCGAGCUCGAGUCGACCCCGUCUGGCUCUUCCUUGCCUGGGUCCGCCGCCGCUCCGAGCUUCCACCCAUUGACGCCGACGCCUCCCACGCUGCCAUGCCGAGUCAAGGAGGAACUCCUGUCGAGCUCGCUGCCCAGUCCGAACAGCCAGCUGCCGAGGGUGAGCUCCCCCAUCCCACCGUCAUCUUCCCCGGUCUCAACCCCACGGAAGAUCUCUGAUCUCUGUUUCUUCCGCAGGUGGAAGUGAGGGAGAGGGAAGGCCGAGCGGUCAACAUUCACAUGUUCUGUUCCCGCCGGCCUGGCCUGCUGCUGUCGACGAUGAGGGCGCUGGACAGCCUCGGCUUGGACAUUCAACAGGCCGUCAUCAGCUGCUUCAAUGGCUUCGCCCUCGACGUCUUCCGAGCGGAGGUAAGAUAGCCUCAUCGCCGUCGAUGAUCGCCUCCCCUCCUCCGUCUCCCUUUCUUCUUCCUCGUCGAUCAGUUCUUCAGCGGGCUUCCUGGUUUCAGCAAUGCAAGGAGGGCCCCGACGUGCGGGCGGACGAAAUCAAGGCAGUGCUCCUCCACUCUGCGGCCUGCCAUGGUUCCAUGUAG